CCGCUAUCCAUACCAUAAAUAUUUACCCUCAUGCUCCUCUCAAUUCCAUUCAACCCCAAACAUCCCAUCAUGACAACUCCCUCAUCGAAACCACCCGAGUCGUCCAACUCGACCUCGCCAACAAUUCCCGUCCCACCAACAUCAGCCACACCCUCCGAAGUCCGAACAUAUUUUUCGACUCUCCUCAGCACGCUCCAUUCUGCUCCUGCAAAAAAUGCUGAGGAAAUAGCAUCGAAAUGGAAACUCGGUCGUGGAGAGGAAAUGCUGUCCUUUGAUAUUGAGACGUAUCGCGAGAUUUUCGGACGGGAGGCCGGGACGGUUUUGUUCAGGCAUGUAAAUCGUAAAGAUGCCAAAAAGGGGGCGUCAACGACUGUACACUCGAGCCAGAGGGAGAGACCGAAGAGGGAUAUCUUUGGGCUGGAACCUGGUUGUGAGUUGAUAUUUUUCCCCCUUUGAAUUUUCUUGGGUGGUGGGAUUUCUGAGCUGCGAAAUUGAAUCGGACGUGAAGAAAAAUUGACGACCGGAACAGUGUCAUUGGUGUAUUUGUGUUUCUUCGCUGCUCUGUUCCUGGGUUGGAGAGCGUAUGUUGAGGUUGAUGAUACGCGGGCUGGGCCGAUGGCGAUGUUUGCGGGGUUUUUCAUGUUGGGGUUUGGGGCUUCGUACAGUAUUUACUAUUUCGGGUAGUUUUGGAAUUGAGAUCAUGUCCAAGUUUCGAUGUAGGAGAGGAGCUGUUCAUACGUUUUGUUCAACGCAAGGCCGUUCGGAAUAGUGGAGGGCAAAACCUGGUCUCGUUAGUCAUCCCAGACUGUAGAUUCAAGGAUCUAGUUUGGGUCCAGUUCCGACAACACUCCAGGUGCAGUAGCACCGAAUCCAACCCCUCGGAGUCAAGACUCGCUCUCUUCUAACAUGGCUACAACUAUACUGGCAAAUUCCGAGUUGUUCUAGAUUCGCCCUCCCGCAAACUGUGAUUUAUGUCAACCAAUGCG